CCUAGCAACGGUGCGCGCACCCCUCGCCCGCCGCACCUGAAUCGGGUCAAUAUCCAGAGGGUUGCUUCCAUCUCGAUAGCGGGAGCACCUUGGAAAAUAACGAUUUUCCCUUCUUUUGGGUUCAAGUCAUUUGGAAAAGGUCUUUAGGCCGCGGCGCUCGCUUCGUGAACCUUCUCCCCGCAAAAUGCGAAUCUCGGCGCCGUUCCUGUGAGUGGUUCCUGGCGCAGAAUGACUCCGAAAGCCGAGGCAGAGGAACAGGUAUCUCAGGGUGCGAUGACCUCUAUUCUUUUUGACGAGACAAAAAGCGAGCAGUUCCGCGUGCUCGAUCAGUACAGGAGCCUGCACGGCCAGCUCGGCACUGUGCUCCCCGUGGAAAUAAAUAAGGAGGAGAUUUGCGACGAGGCGUUAAAAUCAGCUCGGGUUUUUAUUCUGGCCGCGCCGAGGGAGAAAUUCAACCAGAGCGAGCUGGACUGCCUAAAAAAGUACGUAGACGGAGGCGGAAGCCUGCUAGUGAUGCUGGGCGACGGCGGAGAAAAUCAAUACUCUACAAAUAUCAAUUUCCUGCUCGAAGAAUAUGGCAUCAUGAUCAAUAAUGAUUCCGUGAUUCGCACCCAUUACUACAAAUACUUCCACCCAAAAGAGUGCCACCUCCCAAACGCAAUCUCGAAUCCAACCUUAAUUGGAGCUUUGCCACACACUUCAUCAAGUGGGAAGAAGGCUGCUCGCAGCGCCUUUAAUCUCGUCUACCCUUAUGGCGCCACUCUGAAUGUGGCGAAGCCUGCUGUGCCCAUUCUCUCUUCAGGACACCUAUGCUUUCCAUCUUGCAGACCACUUUGUGCCUUGUACCAUAAGCAAGGCGUUGGUAAAAUUGCAGUGGUCGGAUCCGGACACAUGUUCUCAGACGCGUAUCUGGACAAGGAGGACAACGGGAAGUUCAAAGACGUGCUUUUUACCUUUCUGUGCACCGACUCGAUUGAUAUCAGCUACAUGGAUGCUGAUGAUAUUGAGGUAUCAGACUAUUACAUGGUACCAGACACGGCGCGGCUUGCAGAAAAUUUGAAAGUGUCUCUAAACGCUCCUCAAGACAUUCCCGCCUCCUACAUGGACCUUUUCGACUUCAGCCUCACUUCCAUCAACACGAAUCACUUUUUGGAGGCGAAAAACUCGUAUGAGCUCUUGGGAGUAAAAUACGAGCAGCUUAAACUGAUCAUGCCAGAGUUUGAAACUCCACUACCCGCGUUGCAACCUUCGGUUUUUCCUCCAACCUUUCGCGAACUGUCAGUGCCGCCUUUGGAGCUUUACGACUUGGACGAGGCGUUUAGCUCAGAAGCGGCGAGAAUCGCGCAGGUUGCGAACAAGUGCGGAGACAGCGACUUGGCCUACUUCAUCUCCAGCGCGUACGAAAUCCUCGGCAUGAACGCUGGCAACUCAAUAAGUCAAAAAAGCGAAAAAGAAAUGCUCUACUCAAUGGCUCUGCAGAUUGCCUCGUUCAAGAAGCAAGGACAAACGCCGCUGGAUAUUUUCUAAGCCGAACAAAAGGUACUAUUUCCAAUCGCACGCCCCCCCCCCCCCUCAAAAAAGGCAAAUUAAAGAGCACUCAAAAAGCUGUAUUUUUCUGGUUACGGGAAUCUUUGUCACGUGUUGCGGCACGACUUCCACUUAUUUAGACAGCAAUUUUAUAUAACAUCAUAUAGGAGAGAAUCAGUUGACGGCACUUCUCGACAACAUCCGUCGUCUUUGAGUUGCUAAGCAAAGACGUCGGUGGUGUCGGGGCUCUGCCGCAGCUGCCGAGUCAAAUUUGCAAAAUCACACGGGCCCUCAACAAUUUUAACAAAUUCACGCCCCGCGCAAUUCUUGUGGUAAGUGCAUCAUGCACUGUGUGAAUGCAC